UAGUACAACAAGCCUCCGCAGCGCGUCUUCAAUUCGACCACCGAACACAUUUAUUCGGGCACCAUGGAAUCAGCAGUGCCAGCGCCAUCGCCCUCGCCAGCGCCAUCGCCCUCGCCAUCGCCAUCGCCAUCACCUGCGUCGUCCUCUGAUUCCCCUUCGUCACGCCCGCUCUCAUUGCAUCAGAUACUCCGCCUCCAUUGCCGCGAGACGCUCCUGGUGCACCCAAUAAAAUGGACAAAUCGCCAUGUUGAGUUGCUCAACUGCUCGUUCGCCGAGCCUCGUCGACCGAGGCCUCGAGCGGCACCACUCAACCCUCCCUAUAGUGACCGCAGAGCUGCUUCGCUGGCCCGUAAUCUGGCAACAACCACCUGGUCUCAGGCAUGGCGAAGGAGUCGCUUAGAGGAUCUUAUCGCGUUUGAGAACGGGCCGCUGGUUCCAACUUAUGAUGGCUUCGACUUCUAUUACCGCCAGCGCUCCAUCGACCGUCUAGGUCGCAGACCGUCACUCUGUUUCUCCCUCAGAACCAGAGAAGAUGCGCGCCCGCUGCCCAUCGCCGUCUGGACCGAUUGCCAGCUUGUUGACCACCUUCGCAUGGACGCGGUCGGAAUUUGGCGCGCUCACUCAGCGUUGGUUCCCUUAAUCAUGCUUCAGUAUAAGGCUAUCACCCCUCCGGAUCGCGUGCGCGACCCUUACAUCCUGGGGCUGUUGAUCGCGGUGGCACAAGGCCGGCGCAGAUCGCAGGGGCAGGGAAGGGAACGAGCCAGCAGAUGUACAUUUCGGUCCCAUGUUAUCUUGACCGACUCCCAAGACACAGAGCGACUUCAUGUGUUCACUGCCGAUAUCCCUUCCGCCUUCCUCGAUAGGUUCGACUUUCCAACACUUGUGCCGUCCGCUUCAGUGGGGUUUUCCAUCCGACAUCUUAUUGUUCGGUACAAACCUUAUCGGACGCUUUCUACGCGGCUUCUGGCCCUCAUAGUUCCCGAUUCGUACCUAAGUCCAGAAAAGGGCGACGAGAAAGAGAGAGACCAUGGAGAAGACGCCAGAGAUGCCACGACGGCGCUCACUCCCGGGUUGAUGGACGAACUGGCUGAUCAGGCGGUACCGGAUGGACGCGGUGUCACAUCCCUAGACGACGCGGCACAGCCGAGCUGAACUUGGGGUUCAAGAACUCCGACCGAGGUCGACAGUGAGCUUGGUUCGCGAUUCUAAGGCCACGAACCGUUUUCUCAGACACACGGCCUGAGGCUAGUGU